AUGAAAUCCUCACCCAAGGACAAGUGCAAAUUAGCUCAUUCUAUUGAUAUCAAUGCCCAUGAUGAUCACAUCAUUGUCACGCCCUCCAGAAAAUACGCGCGUGUGGUCAAACGAAUCACACGGUUCUGUCUGUCUCCAUUGUGGAUCUGCGGUGCCGUGAUCUUUCUUGGCGGUUGCCUCGUUUACAAUCAUCAAAACCGGUUUAUAGGCGCAACGGAUCUAGCCAACCAAGCGAUUGGCCUUCCCUCCUUUUUACCGCCUGACUAUGAAUUCCAUUGGCACGAAGCGAUCCACGACAGUCCCAAUGCAUCCGUGAAAGCCGCUUUUGUCACCAUUGCCCAGGAAUCCGACUUGUAUAAACUGAUCGCUUCGGUCAAGGAUAUUCAAGAUCGAUUCAACGAUCGUCACGGCUACCCUUGGAUUGUGCUCAGUGACAAACCGCAUUCCCUCCGAUUUCGCGAGCGCAUUCGCCAUCUGAUCAAGCACGGAAGUGUCUACUUUGGCCACAUUCCUCUUUCACACUGGCAUGAACCGUAUUGGGUGGAUAUGGAAGCCGCCGAAAUAUCCAUGAUGGUCGCAAUCAAUGAAGAAAAUGUUUAUGCCAAUCGGGCGCAUUGGCGCAAAAAGACAAGAUACAGCGCCGGCCUGAUCGCUCGCCAUCCGUUAUUGAGCCAUCUGGAUUUUAUAUGGCAGGUGCAUCCAGGAAGUGAAUACAAAUGUGACAUUCUCAUUGACCCUUUCGCGGUGAUGCACGCCGACAAUAAGAAAUUUGGAUUCGGUAUGUCGCUCUUUGCAUCCACCAGAGACAAGGAUCCUUUGUGGGAAAAGGUGCUUGAAUAUAUUGAAAAGAAUCGUCACACUAUCCGACCCGAUGAUCUGCCGAUGUCAGAAAUCAACCAACUUCAAAGCCAAGUAGGCGAAUACUGGGGCAAAUACAACGGCGCCGUGUUUUUUAACGAUUUACUGGUGCUGUCAUUGAGUUUUUUGCGAUCACCUGAAUAUCUUCACUUUUUUCAUUUUCUCGAUCGACAAGGUGGCUUUUUCAAUGAAGCAUGGGGCGGAGCCACGUUUCCGCCUUUGCCUUCCCUUGGAGCCGGACUCUUUUUGAAUCGUAGCGAAUUCUACUAUAUGAGCGAGAUUGGCUAUACACACGACAUGAUUAACAGUUGCCCUUACAAUUCCGCUCGCCAUCGGUCGCUUCGAUGCACUUGUAUUCCCAAUAAUUUCGGUAAGACGAGUGGAUACUCUGUUCACUGGAAUGUUGUUUUCUUAUCAUCAUUCCUCUUUUAUUCAUCAAGCUGA